CUGAGUGUCAAAGCCCCGACCAAAACCCCCCGGUCCAAUUCAGAUUUCCUCGCAACCACAAAUAUGGUUGCGCAAUCGCUGAGCUCGCUCCUGCAACGAGCUACGAUUGACGAUCAUGAGGAGGUCCUCAAGUCCUGCAACGAGGCCCUCAAGAAGUCCAAGAACGACCAGAAUGCUCAACACAUCAAGGCGAUCGCCUUGCUCAAACUCGACCGUUACGAGGAUGCUUUGCGAGUGUUCGAGGCCGGAGGUGAUGCGCUGAAGCAAAUUGCUGGAUUUGAGUAUGGCUAUGCGCUGUACAAGUGCGGAAAGCUCGAUGAGGCACUUGAUGCUGUCACCAAGUCCGCCGCGGGGAGGGGCGCUAGCCAUUUGGAGGCCCAAGUUAGCUACCGAGCUGAAAAAUUCCGUCGCGCCGCAGAUUUAUAUGAACGGUUGUCCCAAGAUGGGGCCGCACCCGAGGCGAACGACCUCGGAAUCAACUCCUGGGCUACGGAUGCCCAGCUACAGUGGAAGGGAGAAGCAGAAUACGUUCGCCACGAUCGGCCAUCGAGAGAAGAUCUCGAGUCUUUUGAGACGGCAUACAAUGCGGCUUGUUUGACCAUUGCUAGGGGAGCGUUCGCUCAAGGCGAGGUCCUUCUGAACCGCGCAAAGAAUAUCUGCCAAACAUCAGAGGACUUGACUCCCGAAGACCGCGCUGCAGAACUGCUUCCAAUUGCUGUGCAGUACCUCUACGUCUUGCUUCGACUGGGCAAGACGGAGCAAGCAGAGGCUCUGCUUCAAGAGAUCUCGGUGGAAGAUAUCCCCGAACUGUCCACGAAGAAGAUCGCCCGCAACAACAUCGUCCUGGCUCGCCAGACCAACAUCAACCCUUUCAUCCUCUACAAGACUCUCCACGAGACACCCGAUUCGGUCAACAAUGACCGUCUCUUCGACUUCCAGGACAACAUUCUGGUCGGCAACUCGCACGCUGCCGACCUCCUAGUUCAGAAAUACGAUGGUAUCAUCCGAUCAACGAACAAGGCGCUCUCAAAGAGCUCUUACCCCUCCGCCACAGCCAGCAUCAAUCUACUUUCCGUAUACAAUGCCGCAGCGCAAGCGGAGGGCCAGACUGGACAGAAGGCUUUGAAGAAGAUCCUCCCUCUCCUUGAACGCCGGCCCAAGGAUCUGGGUCUUCUCCUGACAGUGGUCCAGCUCUAUGUUAGCGAGGGCAACACCACUUCUGCGAUCACCGCCAUGGAGCGAUCCCUACAGGCUCUGGAGGAGUCAAUCUCCGAAGAAGACCAGGACGCUCGUUUCAACCCUGGCUUAUUGAGCGCUCUCGUCUCACUGUACCAGCUCGAGGGACGGAAACUGCAGAUCCGCUCUACCCUUGCACAGGCUGCCGCAUACUGGCGCAAGAAGCCCGAUUCCCCCGCAUCUCUCCUUCGUGCCGCUGCUACCUCCCUCCUCCACUCCGAUGAUCGUGCCGAUCUAGCCACCGCAGGCGACCUCUUCAAGGCCCUCUACCAGCAAGAUUCCAGCGACCGCGUUGCCCUUGCCGGCUACGUCGCAUCCCAAGCAACACUCGACUACUCGCAGGUGGAGUCUCAACUCGAGCAACUCCCCGAAGUGAGCGAGCUUGUGGGGGACAUUGACGUGUCUGCCCUUGAGGCUGCCGGCAUCAUGCCCUCCGCGACAUCCGCCGCCGCUGCGGCCGCGUUCGCCGGUGCUCGCAAGCGUACUGCCGCAGACAAAGAAGGCCGUGCUGUGAAGCGUGUACGCAAGUCCAGACUGCCCAAGGAUUAUGACCCGGAGAAGAAGGCUGAUCCCGAGCGCUGGCUGCCACUGCGUGACCGCUCUUCUUACCGGCCCAAGGGUAAGAAGAACAAGCAGCGUGCUGCGGACCGUACUCAGGGUGGGCCUGUUAACGAGAAGGCUGAGGAGUCUCCUGCUACUGUGCAGCAGAAGGCUGGUGGUGGAGGCGGAGGUGGUAGUGCGAAGAAUAAGAAGAAGAAAGGGAAGCGGUAGUGGGAUGGAUGCUGUUGGCUUACGAAAUGGAGUGUGAUGUAUUAUUUGAAUGCAUAGAUGAACGUCAAGAAAUCAGACCCGUGUCCGCACCGGAAUCAAACAUAUCUCAUUAUCAA